AUUGCCUCGGGGCAGACAGAAUCAACCAUCUCAAGCAUCUAUCUCUAUCUGAGCCGUAUCGAAACAAUCAAUCAACAUGUCCAUCGAAGUUUACCAUCUUGGGCUUUCUCAAUCAGAGAGAAUUGUAUGGCUUUUGGAGGAACUCCAAGUACCGUACGAUUUGCACGUCUUCCAAAGAGAUCCCAUCACAGGACUCGCGCCCAAGGAAAUCAAGGAGAUCAACCCCGCCGGAACCGCACCGUAUUUCCGCGACAGCACUGUUUCCCCGCCAAUCGAGCUCGGAGAGUCAGGCGCAACUGUAGAGUAUAUUCUCAACGUCCACGGCAGCAAGGCUGGCUCCGGUGCCCCGAGACUCCUUCGUACCCCCGAUGACGCCGAUUACGCCGCCUACCUCGAGUGGUUCCAUUUCGCAAACGGCACUCUUCAGCCCACUCUCGGCCGCGCUAUGACACUGUUGUUUGCGGGCGCUUCGCAAAGUGACUUUGGCAAGCGGAUGGAAGAAAAGUCCCAUCAGGCCCUCAAGCUGAUUGACAACCGCUUGGCCAACAACAAGUGGCUUGCCGGUGAGAACCUGAGCGCUGCGGAUAUCAUGACGGUCUUCACCCUGACCACCAUGCGCGGUUUCUAUCCUCUCCUGGACUUGUCAGAGCACAAGAACAUUCUGCGGUAAGUCAAACCCCCCACUUCCUGGCACCCCCCUGUUUCUGGCACCCACAAAAACGAUGGGAUCACAACCCAACCUCCUCAUUACUAUUAACUAUUGAUCCUCAACCACACCCACUACAAUACAACUGCCAGCCUCACUAGG